AUGACAGUGACUAUUACUAAAAUUCUAUUUUCUUUGUUACAGUCUGCACGGUCCGAAGGCGAAUCUUCUGGGGAUCAGUCUUGUGAGAGUUCCGACGAAGGUGUAGGGCGGGAUGCUCCUGCAACACAUCAACCCCACCAACAACAUCAGACCCAUCAGCCAAUGCAAACACAUCAGUCCUUGCAAUCGCAUCAAGCUCUACAAAUUCAUCAGUCCCAUCAAACUACGCAGUCCCAUCAACCUAUUAACAGUAUGAACCACCAUGCUGCCGUCUCUCACCAACAAAUAAACAAUAUAUCUGUAACACAUUCGCAUCAAAGGAACUCACCGAGACCUCUUGAGAGGGAACUAAAAGUGCGCGAUGACUUCGAAGCUUUGAAAUCUUCAUUGCACCCCCACCUCUCAUCACUGGCGUCAUUGGCUCAAGGUGCACCUUUAUCCACGACAAACAGCGUCUUCUCAUUGGCAGGCUCAGGUUCUACAGGAGGUUUUCCUUAUGCACCUCCAGCCUUUCUAGCACCCGCACCACCUCCACCAGCCCAGCCUGCCGGUUCAGCUUCAUCGUCUUCAUCGGAGGGGUCUGCAGCUGGAUGGAGCUUCGAAGAACAGUAUAAGCAGGUCCGUCAGAAUCAGCUGCUGCAUGCUGAACUAGUGCGUGUAAGAGGACAUUUGGUAAAUUUAAUGGCUUCUACUCCAACAUAA